GCGGCGACAACGAUUUUGAGCGAAAUCUUUGUCGCCGCGAAGCUCGAAGCCUUUGGUACCCAAGGUAUGACGUUUGAUACUUACAAGUAAUAUAGAUAAUGCUUUGUGGACGUCUGUCAUGUCUGUCUUGCCCUUCGUACGUCAAUAGAUUAUCACGCUUUCAACUAAACAGAUGACCCCUAUGAAAGCUUUCGCAAUAAAGUAUAUAGGCUGGGACUAGGAAGAAGCUUCUAAAAAAAUAUUAUUCUUACAGUGAAUCGUGGGUUUUUUCGUGAGGCACAAGCAAUGGUUGAAAUCCAGAGCUAAAAUGAGCCGAUACUGCAAUAUAGCAUGAUUUACUCCUCUUUGGCAGCUUGCUUGGCUUUGUUCGCCGCAGUUUUUAGAACAUGUACAAGCAAAGACCCAGACACAAUAUCCAGGAAUUGUUCUGGUAUAAGUAAUGCUCUCCAGGCGUGCUGUGUGUUCCCGUUCCUAUACCAGGGCAUGCUACACAAUGACUGCAUUCCAGGAUUGCCUGAUUCCCAAGCGUGGUGUGCUACCACAAGUAACUUUGACAGGGAUGGUAACAAAACUGUCUGCCCCCAUCCUCCAGGAUUUAAAGGUUUUUAUCAUGAGAGUUGCAGACAUGGUAGUGCACUAAGUAUUGACCCUCCUUCAGCAAGAACUUCACGGCUCUUGCAGUGCCCAAGUGGAAAUGCAAUUGCAAUGUUGAUGUUUGCAGAACCUGCCCCUGGAAGUAAAACCUCUAGACUUGUUGAUGCCAUAUGUUGCUCUUCUCCAGUUUUCCAGAACAUUUCACAUGUGAUCAGUACUACUGAGCCAAAAAGAAUGUGGGAGUUGAAAUGCCCAAGCAGUUAUAUACUCACAGGAAUACAUUUUUCAAGAAAGACUUCUGAGGUUGUUGUUGAUGAAGCACUUGAUGCCAUCAAAUGUAGCCUUUUGAUUGGCUAUACUGUUGUUUAUGAUGGCUGUGUUGUCAUGACGACAAACCCUAAGAAAACAACUGCCAAUUGCGCAUGCUGUAAGCCUGAUCAUUCCAUAGUAGCUCUACAGAGCCAAACUGAUGGCAGUAUCAAGGCAAAAUGCUGUUCGAUCAAAAGUGUAAGAAGACCUUACAACAUGUGUACAUUUGAAGAUGGAAUGUGUCCAACCUGGGAAGUACUCCCAGGAAAUGUAACCUGGACUAUAGCAAAUGGUACACAGGAUCACACUACAGGAACUACUUCAGGCCAUUCGCUGCAGCUGAGUAGCGCUUGUGAAGGCGUGGCCAUGCUUAGCAGUAUGGGGUUCCCUCCAAUUGAACAGUACUGCCUGUCCAUGUGGUACCGGGCAAGUCAUGGCUCACUACCCAAGAUCGCUGUGCAUGUACUUAAGUAUGACAGUGAGCAAAUGAUGUUGGUGACAAGCACCCUGAUAUCUACUGAGACUGUAGCUACAGGGUACUGGACAGAACUACAAGCUUAUUUACCUAUGGGUGAUCAUUUCCAGAUUGCCAUUACUGGUGAUAUUUCAAAGUUAGGAAUAAGCUGGUUCAUCAUUGAUGAUUUUCAGCUCAAGCCAAAACGCUUUUGCACAGGGUCAUGUCAUUCCAUUGGUCCACUUGGUUCAUCAAGCAUUCAUGAUGGCCAUGUAGUUUUGUGGCAAGCUACAUGCUUAGGUCCCAUACACAAUUAUACUUCUGCUCUGUCUGGAAUAUGGGAGAAAAAGGGAAGCCACUUCAGUGUUAUUGAGUAUUUGAGGUGCUGUAGUCUGCCACUGACUGGUAACCAUGAUGACUAUAAGCUCCCACUGGCUGGGAAAGUUGGUGGGCCCAUUACUGCAGAGGAGGUCUGGAGUGCUCAGUGUCAAAAAGACUUUGUAGUUACUGGAGUCUCAAGUCUUAACAAGUUCCAAGGCUUGUAUGAGCUGCAUUGCAGCCAUCUAUCAGAUGCUGUUGUCAACUACUCCACAUGCAGAGUGAUCUGGGCUGAGGUCCGUGAUCAUAAGGGUAUCUCUAUCCACAGUAAAAUGGAGUGCCCUUCUGGGAUGGCUGUGGUGGGUCUAUUCGAUCACCCAGAGGACAACAUCAACCACUCCAGGCUGGGAUUCCCAGAUGUAGAUGCCAUUAAGUGUUGUAGUGUAACAGUUUCCAACUGCAGGGACUCUGAGGAUUGCCACAGCAAUGGUGAAUGCAUAGCGACAGGUGCCAUUCAGCAGUGUAUCUGUCAAUCAGGCUACGAUGGAAAUGGAGAUUAUUGUUUUCCAACCAAUCAAGUCUUACCACCGACAUCAUUGCCUGUAAGAACAGGAGUUCCAACACCCACCGAAAAUGAACAUGUAACAACCAUCACUGAAGGCUCACAUAGCAAGACUGGAUUUAUGAACAAAACUUCCACACCUGUUGUCAUAGCAACAGCAGCUUUAAAUAUUGAUAUGUCAACAGACAACGCCAAAGUACACAGCUCAAUUGUCAUGGUUGCUCUUAGCGUGACUGCUGCUGGGCUUGUGGUCCUGAUCUUGAUUGUGGUCAUCCUGUGGAUUGCACACCAGCGCCGUAAAAGGAGCCUGGACGAAAGCCCAGAAGUGGUAGUGCCAAUGAACGAGAUUAUGUCAUCAGAGCAUCCUCAUUCCUAUGACAAUAACUGCACAGGUGAACCAGAAGAUCUAAGUGUCGUGUGCAGGCUUACAGAUGAAAAGAAGAUUUUCCCUAAGCCUCGAUCUAGGACAGUACUUUCUGUAGAACAUGCAUAUGUUGCCGAGGAGGAUCUGGACACCACUGAAUGUGAGCCCUUCUACUUCGUCCUGGACGCCAAGAGAAAGCGGUCAUACUCGUUAUGCGUAUCGCUGGCGCUGCCUGAUCCCAUGUAUGGCGUGGUGGAGCAAGACUUUCCCCAGGAAGGUGGGGCGCGGUUCUGUCAGCCCGCCUCCAACGAACAGGAGCUUUACCAUCAGUUGUCAAGUGAGAUACCAUGUGACAGCAUAAAGGUUGGCGAAGAGCGUCUAGGAUCAGGUGCCUUCGGACACGUAAUGCUUGGUGUUUGGCUCAAGUCCCCAGGAAACCCUGUUCAGGUCGCGGUCAAGAUGCUUCGUGAUUCCUCAGACUCGGAGGACCGGGUCAAGUUUCUCCAGGAGGCGGCCAUUAUGAGGCAAUUCACACACAGGAAUGUAGUCUAUAUGUACGGCGUAGUUACCAAUUCAAACCCUAUUAUGAUAGUGCUGGAGCACAUGAGUCUGGGAAAUCUCAGGAAUUACCUACUUAACCUGAGACUUAAAUAUGGUAAAGAAGUCGUACUUUGUCUCGAUACUCGAUCGCAGCUCUUGGGCAUGAUCCGUGAUAUAGCCGCUGGAAUGCAGUAUCUGCAUAGCCUUGGUUUUGUACACCGAGAUUUAGCAGCGAGGAACAUUCUUCUUGACUCUGAUAUGAUUUGCAAGAUUGGUGACUUUGGCAUGUCACGUGACCUGAUGAUUUGUGAUUACUACACUAGUCGGGGCGGUCGUAUCCCCGUCAAGUGGACCGCUCCGGAGGCGAUUAACUAUGGUAGAUACUCGAGCGCUAGUGAUGUUUGGAGUUAUGGCGUUCUCCUCUUUGAGAUCUGGUCUCUCGGAGACAAACCCUACGCCAAUCUUGACAACAAUGAGGUGGUUGAAGCUGUCUCUAGAGGAUACAGAUUACCUCCUCCAGACCACUGCCCUACCAUGAUCUAUCGCUUGAUGGUCGACUGCUGGCACCCUGAGGGCCGGGGACGCCCCAGAUCAGGCCAGAUUCAUCAUUGUCUCUGCUUCACUGAUAACGCAAUCUUUCUGGACAGACCUUUGCAGAAUUUAAAUCUAGAAAACACUGGGAGAGAAGCGAAAGAGAGCACUCAUGAGUCAAGUGUUAUGCCCUCUACUGAACACAACUAUUCCACUCUGAAACAUGUGUAUGCAAUCAUGGAAGGUCCCACUUGAGUUGUGUACGUCGUAAUGGAAGAGCCCACGUGACUUGUAUACGUCGUAAUGGAAGAGACCACGUUACAUGUGUACGUCGUAAUGGAACAUGUGUACGUCGUAAUGGAAGAGACCACGUUACAUGUGUUCGUCGUAAUGGAAGGUCCCACGUGACAUGUGUACGUCGUAAUGGAAGAGCCCACGUGACCUGUGUACGUCGUAGUGGGAGAGCCCACGUGACCUGUGUACGUCGUAAUGGAAGAGCCCACGUGACAUGUGUAGGUCGUAAUGGAAUAGACCACGUUACAUGUGUACGUUGUAAUGGAAGGUCCCACGUGACAUGUGUACGUCGUAAUGGAAGAGCCCACGUAACAUGUGUACGUCGUAAUGGAAGAGCCCACGUGACCUGUGUACGUCGUAGUGGAAGAGCCCACGUGACCUGUGUACGUCGUAAUGGAAAAGCCCACGUGACCUGUGUACGUCGUAGUGGAAGAGCCCACGUGACCUGUGUACGUCGUAGUGGAAGAGCCCAAGUGACCUGACAGGGUUCGUACAAUUUUCCACAAAUGAAAUUCAAGGACUUUUAAGGACUUUUUCAAUGACUUUUUGUAGAAAUUCAAGGACUAGUGAAACGAUAAAUCCAUAGAGACAAUAGAGGGCAAAUAUACUUUUCCAAGUCUUACCAAAGCUUUUAUCAAUUGUACAUUGUUUAUUUUCAAUACGAAAAUAGACUGUUAUUAAACAGUGAUUUCAAGCAAACGUUCGCCUACAGAUUUUCAACUUUGGGUGAGAUCCUCAAAUUUUCAAAACUUUCUUUUUUCAAAGCCUUUUGCUUUUCCUUAGCACAGAUUCGCAGUGCAAUUGACUGAGUGAGGAGGCCUAGUUGUGUCCUUUGAACAGUUUCACUUGUUCUCUAGCUCUUCUUGGCAUUUUCGCUUACAGCUUACAACAAACUUCUCUUGGCCCUUCUCUAGUCUUCAUGACAUUGGAUCUAAUGUUUCCUCCCUUGACUUGCCGCACCAACAGCGCCUUACUUAUAUCUAGAUCAGCAAGCCUACGAUUGUGAACAACUUUAUAAGUUUCUUUAUUAAGGUUUUCAACUGACAUUUACAGAGAAGUCUCUUUCGACUCUUGCCUGACCAUGAGAGAGUAUCAACAGAUACAAAUACAACUCUUCCAGGCUAGAUGCUGUAAGAAGAAUCCAGUCAGAAUCAAGGAAAGAAUAUUGGGCACACAUAUAACAACAAUUCAUAAUUCAGAAGUUGAAUGCUAGGGGAUGAAGCGUUUCUGGUCCUUUAUAAAGCACUGUAGGAGAGACAGCAGCAUGGAUUUAGAGCACUACGAUCAUGUGAAACACAGCUUCUGGUUUUAUAAACACGUUGGUGGACAAUAUGCAUGAAGGUAAUCAGAUCGACGUUUUGGUGAUGGAUUUCAGUAAAGCAUUUGACAAGGGAAAUCACCGACUCCUCUUAUCAAAGUUAAAGCAAUAUGGCGUUUGUGUUAAAACCAAUCAGUGGAUUAAGUCCUUCCUAUCUGCUAGGAAGCAGAAGGUGGUGUUUGACGGGUAAUAAUCUGAAGUUGUAGACGUCCUGUCUGGGGUACCCGGAGUCUCUGUAUUGGGCCCAGGUCCUCUAUUACAUUAGCGAUCUCCCAGACAAUCUGACCUCCUCCGUGAGACUCUUUGCAGAUGAUACCAUCGUAUAUUUAACCAUCAAGUCUAACGAGGAUGCCUUCACUUUGCAACAGGACCUAGACAAAUCAGCCAUGUGGGAGAAACAAUGGAGCAUGAAGUUUCAUCCAGCUAAAUGUAAGAUCUUAAGGGUUGGACGCAAGCAAAAACCUACACACAAUACUUUUUACGUUAAAACCAUGUGUGCUGUCGAAUCGGCAAAAUAUCUUGGGGUCACCCAAACAUCAGACUAGAGGUGGAUAAGCAUAUAAACAACAUCUGCAACAAAGCAAGCAGCACCCUCGGUUUCCUUCGGCUUAACCUGAGAAUAGGCUCCCCCAAGCUAAAGACGUCUGCUUACUUCGCUGUAGUGCGUCCAUACCUUGAGUAUGUGUGUACUGUAUGGGACCCAUUCACAAAGACAAACAUCAUCAGAAUAGAGAUCGCGCAGCAAGGUUUGCGCUUCAUCGCUACGACAGAACAGCAAGUGUGAGUGAGAUGCUCAAUUAUCUGGAUUGGUCCUCACUAGAAAUCCGAAGAGAGCAAGGCUCCUGAUGUUCUACAAGAUACACCAUGGCCUUGUUUUCAAUGAUGGCCUGCCAACAGUCCCGCCGAUGUAUAGAAAAAGCAGGCAUAUGAAUAGCCAAAGCUACAAAGUGCCACCUUCAAGAACCAACUAUCACAAAAAAUCGUUCUUCCCGCGGACCAUCAGGGAUUGGAAUUGUCUACCGGAACUAACUGCAAGGGCAGCCAGUCUUGUAGCUUUUGAGAAAGCAAGCGAGCUAUUAUUGCAUUGACUAAUGUAACUUUACUUAUUAUAUUUUUGUUAUUAUCGUUUUUGUUGAAAUUAUGACACCUCAUAAGAAUCUUCGCAUAGAAGAUGGGGUUAUAUGGAAGAAGAAGUACGCACCCAGCCUGUCCAGCUUGUGGCGAAUGGUCAAUCCGAGAAAUAGUUCCGAGAGGACAAGAAGGCUUUUUUCUUUAAAAUCAGAGAAAACGAGAUCUUGCUUUUCUUAAGAACCAGAACGAGAAGUCGAAUCUCUAAAAUUCGAGAAAUCGAGAUGCCUUAAAAUUUGGAGAGAAAAUCAAUAUAUCCAAGGAACCACCUCUCUUGUAGUUAAAUUCCAAGAAGAUCGUCUUCUGGGCUUGCUCAGCUUUCUCCACAAAUUCUGUGUACAGGAGCACCAGGAGAUCACAAUCUUCUAUCUUCACAUGCUUGUAGCCCACCAUCGUCAUCAGCAAGAGCUAGAACUUGGCGAAGCACACUUCCUUUCACUGUACAAUCUGCGUAUGAUCUAUGCUGAUCCUGUUUCUGGGCAUGGAUUUUACAUACUUUAUCUUGUACAUAAUUAUACAAAGAAACAGCUCGCAAACCAUAUAUUUGCCUACAAUUUGCUAUUAAUCUUCACUCCAAUAAUAUUUACUUUUGUUUCUUAAAUCAAAUAUUUUUCAAGGACUUUCAAGGACUGAUAAUAAGAAUUCAAGCACUUUCCAGAUCUUUAAUUUCAAAUUUUAAAAUUCAAGCACUUUCCAGACCUUGAAUUUCAAGUUUUAAAAUUCAAGCAAUUUCAAGGUUUUCAAGGACUUGUACGAACCCUGCCUGAGUACGUCGUAAUGGAAGAGCCCACGUGACAUGUGUACGUCGUAAUGGAAGGUCCCACGUGACAUGUGUACGUCGUAAUGGAAGAGCCCACGUGGCAUGUGUACGUCGUAAUGGAAGAGCCCACGUGACAUAGGUCGUCGUAAUGGAAGAGCCCACGUGACAUGUCUACUUCGUAAUGCGCAUCCCCUGAUUCUCCAGCUAACAGACAAGAGAGCCGGCUAGCAGGCUCGGAGGGGAAUGCCUAGGCAUCAUGCAGGAUGACAGCAAAUGUAAAUAGGUGUUACUUUCGUGCCAUCUUCAAAGGUUGCUUAAACUAGCCAAAGGCAUCACGAGAAGGAAAAAAAUCUUCAAUGGGGAAAUAAACGAACAUGGUGAUUCCUAUAUUUAGCUAUUAUUUUUGUACAAUGAUAAAAGGAAGUCUGCCGACAAAUAACGCUCUAGUUGUAUCUACUUUAUUAAUCAAUUAUGAAACUAUUUAUAAUAUUUAAAAAUUUGAUGUCUAAAUAUUUUUAAUGAACGCAGUCAAGAACCAUUGGUAGUAAAAAGAAUCGUUACUUCCAACUCUUUAAACCAAACAACUACAGUUUCCGUCUAUAUUGAUAUAUGGAAAAUUACCAAUAAAGGCAAAGAUGUACAGUGUCCAGUAACCAAAUAGAUAUGGUUGAGAGAAUAGAGGCUCUGGUAAAAAGUCAGAUGAGGAUUCUAAUAUCCAUUGGUAGUUCUGUUGAGCUUGUUAACGAUGAUGGUAUCUGAUACUCAAAUGAAUUAAAAACUUUAAAAUAUCUA